ACGGUGGUGACAAUUUAUAUGAAGGUGAAGAUAGCAGAAACAGAAACAGUUCAAAUGAAGCUGAGAAUAAAGAUAAUUGGAAUAAAAAUAAGAAAAAUGGUUGGAAUGAUGAUAUUAAAAAUGGUUGGAAUGAAAAUGAUGAGAAUGAAGGUCGAAAUGAUGAUUGGAAUAAAGAUAGAAGUGAAUAUCCAAAUGAAGAUUGGAAUGAAAAUAGAAGCGAAUAUCUGAAUAAAGAUUGGAAUGAAGGUUGGAAUGAAAGUAAUAUUAAUAAUUUAAGUCACUCUGAUGAGCAAUUUAAU